AUGGUUCCCUUUGAUGCAAUUACCUAUCUUACUGGGGAAUGUAAUUAUGGUGGUCGAGUCACUGACGAGCAAGAUAGGCGUUGCCUUUCGACAAUCUUAGCUGAUUUCUUUUGUAUUGCCUCAAUAACGGAUCCUAAAUAUAAACUUUCUCCCAGUGGGGUUUACUAUAUUCCACCGAAAAUGGAAUAUAAUGAAUAUUUGGACUUUAUCAAGGGACUCCCAACUGUACAGCAGCCAGAAGUUUUUGGCAUGCAUGAAAAUGUUGAUAUAACCCGUGAACUCUCGGAAACUAAAAGCUUAUUUGAUUCCAUAUUGCGUACUAUGGGUCAACUAUCUCCUGGUUCGGAUAGCAAGUCCGAAACGCAGUUAUGUGACAUCGCAGCUGAUAUCCUUACUAAAUUGCCCCCUUUGUUCAAUAUGGAAUUGGCUGAAUCUAGGUUUCCAGUGACCUACAACGAAAGCAUGAAUACAGUAUUGGUACAAGAGAUGGAAAGAUUUAACAAGUAA